AUGGCUGAGGAGAAUGAUCUCACCUUCGACUCGGCUGAAGCCGAUGGGUCAACCACCUUCUCCGCGCAGUGCUCUACUCUGACGAGGAACAGCUACGUCGUCUUGAAAAGCCGCCCAUGCAAGAUCGUUGAAGUGUCCACCUCCAGGCCUGGGAAGCACGGUCACGCCAAGGUCCACAUUGUCGCCCUCGAUAUCUUCACCGGCAAGAAGUAUGAGGAGGUAUGCCCCUCCACCCAUGAGCUGGACGUUCCCAUCGUUUCACGCAAGCAGUACCCUCUUCAAAAUGUAACCGACGAUGGCUUCCUCUCUCUCCUGGAUGACAAUGGUGACACCAAAGACGAUGUCAGACUUCCCGACGGUGACAUUGGUUUGGCCAUUCAGCAAUUCGCCGAGGAAGGCAAAGAAACUGCCGUCAUCGUCCUGAGGGCCAUGGGUGAGGAGGCUGCCAUCGCCGUCAGGGAUGCUGCUACAUAA